UGAUGAUUCAAUGCUACUAUAUUUCUAAGACAUAAUAAGUAGCUAAAGUUUUCUUUGCAGGAUACGUAUACGCCGUUGUACGCAUGUGUGGUUAAAAUAGCACUGUUAGGUAAAAGGGUGCUAGCUAGCUACACACAAAUCUACAAAUUUAUUUAGUAAAUGUUUUUAUGGAUUUUUGAUGCUAAUGAGGGAGGGGUGCGAUACUACAAUCGCGCCUUUACGGUAACCACACAAACGCAUAUGACCAUCUUCUAACAAUAAUUUACAACGAAAAUGAAAAUGUAGUGUAAGAAAUGCAUACAUUACAAAAAUUUCUUUAAAGGUAGAAUUUUUUUGUAGGCAGGAAGUUUCAUGAGAAAAGUCUUGAAUUGAAUUUUAAAAUUUUAGAAUAUUCAAUGAUUUUGUUCCCCCAUAUUACUCAGUCCUCUUCAAAGUUAAGUAGUUUUUCAGAUUAUUGCUAAUGGCAGAAAUCUUUAGGCGGCAUGGCUUCUUGUUUUAUCUUUAUUUUCAGUAAUAUAAAUAAUGAGCAAAGGAGUAAUUGUAUGGGAGUAUAUGGGUGACAUCCCAGGACUUUAUGCACCUUAUUCUGACAAAGUGAGCAAUUAUAUUGAAGAACAAUAUAAUAAAAAUCCACUAUGCACCAUUGAGUUAAAAAACAUUGACCCAAUAUUGAAGUCAUAUGAUGUAGAUUUGACAGCUAAAAAGCAAAUUCACAAAGCAAAUGCCUCACAAAGAGAAAUUCGGCGUACUAUUUAUGAUUUAAAAUCAACAAUUGGCAAGGGUGUGGUUUGGGAGUGGUUAACAGACCAGGGUUGGAUCACUUAUGAUAUUGAAUCUCUAGGCGCCAUUGAAGAUGCAUUUGCUAAAAGUGAGGCUGAACUUGACCUAGCUACCCUCACCUUCAAGCUUCCAAAUAUUGUAUUGGUGCAGAAGGGCUACCAGAAAAAUAAAUCUUCAGGAUUUGUUAGACCUAUUCAAAGGCGAGCUUGUGCAUAUAAAUCAAAUGUGGUCCGGCCUCAACCUGCACGAAGAAGAACAACAGAUGCGCAGCCGAUAAAUCAUAAAGCUGCUAGCAAAUCACAUUUCGCUAAAAGAACUCCAAAACAUCAGGAUGUUUCUAAGUUCUGUAUACUUGUUCACGAUGUUCCUGCUCAAGAGGAUUGCGCCAUAUGCCUGGUAUCGUUAAAGGAUGAAGAUGGUGGAGCAAGCAGCGUUGUUGAAUCUAUUGUUCAGUUAAAAAAGUGUAAACACAUGUUCCACGAAUCGUGCAUGGAAGCUUAUUGUAAGCAAGGGCAACAAAAUGGCUGCAUACAAUGUCCUGUUUGCAAGAAAAUACAUGGUGUGAAAACUGGGAACCAACCGCCUGGAGAUAUGCUUGUUUCGAUCGACACAGGACAAUCUGUUGCUGGAUAUCAAGGUUGUGGGAUGAUCACUAUUACAUAUAAUAUAUCAUCGGGAACACAGGGACCUAAACAUCCUCAUCCUGGGCAGCCGUACAUAACGUAUGCAUUCCCCAGAACUGGUUAUCUACCUGCAAAUGACAAAGGAAAAAAGGUGUUGAAAUUAUUAGAGCUGGCAUGGAAACGCAAAUUAAUUUUCACAGUGGGUACAUCUUCUACGACAGGCAUGGAUAAUGCUGUUAUCUGGAACGAAAUACAUCAUAAGACCUCACCACGUGAUAACAUAGGUGGUCAUGGUUAUCCAGAUCCAAAAUACCUGGACAACGUCAUUGAAGAAUUAAAACAGCAUGGUGUGACGGAAGAAGAUAUCGAUGGCGGUGAUGACUCGGAUGGUGACCAAUAAUUUUGUUAUUUUUAUGCAAAUGCAAUUGGUGUGUGAAAGCUCACGUUUUUUUUUUAAGUAGUAAUUUUAGAAAACAUUAGAGUCAGGGUAUAGUUACUAUAAAUAGUUAACUCACAAAAUAUUAAAGAAAUUAAAGAAGUAGGUUUGAAAAUUGACAGAGCACUUUCAGGGAAGCAUUUGUUGCAUUAGGAGUAGAGUUUAUUAAAUGAAUUUGUGUAAAAAUGUGUAUGUAAGUAAUCCUUUAUAGGCUCGCACUGAAGAAACAGACUUCGUUUUUGUUAUUAAGGAUACAUAUGAAACACCCAAAUCUUUAUUGUUGUCAAUUUUUUUUAUAUACAUUCCACUAGAAAUCUUAUAAAGAAUAAUUACUUAAAUUUUUCUCACAGGAAAAUAUACAACAAACAUGUUUUUUUAAGAAACAUGUAUUUUUUUUCUAUGUGUUUUGAUAUCUCGAAAACAAUUUUGCUUGAUAUCUUUUAGGCUUGAUAUCUUUUAGGCUUGAUAUCUUUUAGGCAGGCUAAUCUUCUGAACAAGUUGCGCUCUCCAAUGGUGUAUGUUUUUUUUUUACUUAGAAAUGAAUUGUUAAAUAUAAAGCUUUUUUUAAAUAAAGCAUAACGCUUAUAAGCAUAUGGGUCAGCUGGGGAAUUCUGUAAGUAAGUAAGUAAGUAAGUUAUAUUUGCCAUCAUUAUAAAAUCGUUAAAAAUAUUUACAGAGAAAAAGAAAUUGAAAACAAAUAAAUAAAAUAAUAAACUAUAUAUAAUAUUAAAAUGUAUCAUAAAAAUAUAAAAAUUAAAUGCAAUUUUCCUGAGUGUUGAUAUGUUUGAUGGCUGGAUAACACAAAACAAGCCAAGGCGAGAUUUCCAUUGUGGUCCAUUUCUACCCUUAUAGAAAAAAGCAUAUGAUACUCAUGUUGCCCAUCCUUGAUGAAUCAUUCUGUUGUGUAUUUUUCUUUUAUUAUAGGUAUUUUAAUUAAAAGACAUUCUUAUUUUUCCUUAUAUUUUUCUCCAAGUGUGCACGCAAUAAGUAAGACCACUAUACUUUUGAAGUCAGCCUUGAGUAAUUGUACGUUUUGUCCCCUUUUAAAGCUAACCAUUACGACCAUUUCAUCCCAAGCAGCAGUAAGCAGCAGCAUUUAAUUUUUUAAUUUGUUUCUUCAAUAAGUUUACUCGAAACCUAAUUGUGUUUUUAGCAGGUUCUACAGAUUGAUUUUGAAUUUUAGUUUUACAAAAACAUGUUUCACAGUGAAAAAUAAAAAGUACAACAGACAAGCACAAGAAGUAACUUCUUGAUAUAAAUUUGUAACUAGUCCUUGAAAUGCAAAACCAAGACACUGUUAGUACUCAAGUACAGGAGGUUUGAACAGUGUGAUUUUUAUGCAAAGCAAAAACAUAGAAAAUUUAUGUGGCGUUCGGAAAAUAUCCAAAUUUUAUUUCUCAGUUACAGGAGAGUACUUUCAGCAGGAUUGAUGGGUGUUUCAUAUAUUCGUAAGUGUAAUUAGAUGUAUUAGAUGUAAAUAGGGGCUGUUUUAUAUAGCUGAGAAAAUUGUAUAUAAGUAGAAAGAAAAGAUAAUAACAUCGAUAA